CGGCCCGGCCGCGCUUCCGCCCGCGUCAGCUGACUCUGCCAGGCAGCGGCCCGGCCCGCUCCGCGGAACCUCGGCGCGGCCAGCCCGCAGCAUGGCAGGGGCCGUGGUGAGCGGAGCACAGGUGUCCUACAUUAGUCAGGACUGUGAAGAAAUUCCAGAAUUCCUAGGAAGAAAAUAUGGACACAUGGCAAAAAGGCUAGAUCUUAGCUUCAACUUGUUAAGGUCACUAGAAGGACUGAAAACAUUCAGUUACUUGGAAGAACUGAUCUUGGACAACAAUCUACUUGGAAAUGACCUUCUGUUACCCAGGUUACCCCACCUCCAUACCUUAACGCUCAACAAGAACCAAAUAACAGAAUUAGAAAGCCUUUUGGACCAUUUGGCUGAAGUUGUGCCCUCACUACAGUAUCUCAGUUUGCUUGGAAACAUUGCUUGCCCAAAUGAACUGGUCUGCAAAGAAAAGGAUGAAGAUGACUACCAGAGAUACAGAUAUUUUGUCCUGCACAAAUUGACAAACCUGAAAUUUCUUGAUACUCGGAAAGUAACCAGGAGAGAGAGAGAGGAAGCCUUGAUAAGAGGUGCCUUCAUGAAAGUGGUUAAGCCCAAGGAUGCAAAGGCCUCCAGUGCUGCUGCCCCUGCCUCUCCAGAGAUGCACUACACGCCGCUGCCUUCUGGAUCCAGGGACCUCACCAACCACAGAGAUCACCACGCCUUUCAAGCACUAUAUGAGAAAACCAUAGCUGUCAAGACUACAGAUUUUAACUCAUAUUAAAUAGGAUUUACAGGUAGUCCACCGGGAAAGCAAAUAAAUCUACAGAUAACAACACUCAGUGAUUUUUCUGUGUGUGAGAGAGAAAAAUGUAAAAAUAUUAGAAUACUUAAACAUUGAUAAGUAGAUGAUUACAUGCAGCAUUGGUAAUUUUGAGAGAAUUUGUAAACUUUUUAAUAUUUUUAAGUGAGAGGGUUUUGGCAGUUUAGAAAUUUAGGACUAUAAUUUUUAAAUAAUAACACAUAUUCAUUGCAACAAAAAGGGAUUCUUCUCUGUUUUUCAACAUUAAAUGUAGAUCAGUUUUCAAUUUCCUUUUUCAUCAAUCCUUAGAACUUAAGAAAGCACCUUGGGCAAAUUCACAAAUUCCUACUGCAUACCUAUGAAACAAAAAAUUCAGGGUAAGGUGAAAAACUAAAGCAGUCAGGAAGGGUGCAUUCCAAUCUUUUUCACUUUUUUCAAAAAGGAGAAAUUUGUAAAGCCUGCAGCACUUUUUCAGCUUAACACCGGAGCAACAAUCUUCUUAUUUGUUUCCCACAUUACCCUUUGAGUAUACAUUGAUCGUGUAAACCAUUUAUCUAUAGGCAGGGUUUUUUUAGGAUACCAGGAUCAAAGUCAGCCUUAUAUUUAUGAAUUGAUGGUAGCUUAAUUUUAACGUGUGUUCAAAUUUUGCAGCACUACAGAGGAUGGAAGCAGAUUUAGUAGCAUUCCAUAUUACUUGAUACCUUCUGAAAGAAUCAGGCAGGUAAUGCACCUGAAGAAGGAUCUGUGGUUCAGGUGUGAAGGAUGAGGAAAGCAGGUGAUUACAACUUUAUUUGUUGCAGCCUGUAUCACUGUUGUUGUGCUAGAGCUGAGGAUGAGUAUGAAGCUUCAUCCUGGCCUUGUUGCAGAUUGCUGUGGUGGAAAUCAGAUGUCCUAGAAGUGCUCUGGGUGCGUUGUAUUCCAGCACUGAGCUCGCAUAGAAACUGAUGCUUUUUAAAGAGAAAGGACCAACCAAAAUCCUGAAUUUGGGCACAUACCUGGACUUGGGAGAUUAAGAAACAACCUCUCUCCCCCCAAAAGAAACACAGUGUCCCUCCUCUUCACCCUCCCUCCUCCUCCUCAUUCUCAAGAUUGGUAGCUUUGAUUUUUCAGAUAAACAUGUUGCCUUUGGUGUUGGCUUAAAUGGAUAUGGUCUACUAACACAAUGCAUAGGAUGCUAGAAUCUUGAAAAAUACCUGACUGCUAUAGAAAUACUUUCAAAGUACCCUUAAAAGCCAGGUAUCUUCAGAUUUUUUAUUUAGAUAAUAGUGUAUUGGAAGUGUGGCUUCAUGGCUGAAUUUGUUAUCUAAUUUGACAAAAGAAAUGCCAGUGGUGUUGAAUCAAAAUCAGUGUGUCUGCAUUAUUGAUUGACUCCUCUUUCAAUUCAACAGUUUUGUGGCUGCAGUAGGUGGUGCAGACACAUCCAGCAGGUGUUCAGAGUGGGAGCUUGCCAAGGUCUAAGUACCCACUGUCCUCACCAGGUUUUCAGAAUGUCUGCCCCCUUGCCAUGAGAAAGGAAAAUUAUAUUCCCCAAAUCACCAACAUUCUACCCUUAGCAGUUCACAUAAUUUUUAUUACUUCUGUCUUUACUCUUCCCAGAAAUAUUCUGCUCUGCAUACUAAAUAUGCUGCAAAUUUCCUUGUGAUUAAGCACCUUUAUAAAUAAAGUGAAGGGAGAAGAGCAUGUCAUCCAAAGAAAGUGUAAAAUUUGUCCUUAAAGAGACAUUCUUAACAUGAUUUGAUAAAUUUAUAUAUUUGUGUGUGUGUGUGUAAAUAUAUACACAUAUUCACAAGGAAAUAAUUAGGGACACUUUCCAAACUUCCAGGUCUUGGAAGAACCUAUUCCAAGCUUAGAACAACCUGUUGGCAAGGCCCAUUAACUCAAUCAACUUAUUUUAUACAAAGAAAAAAUCCAGAGUUCCCAAGCCUAUAAAAGAUUAAUUGCAGUCAAUAGAAAAAUCUCCAAGGAAAGAAUGAAAUACUUAAGCAUGCUAUUUUAGGUUCUGAAUAUCUUCAAUUUUUUUCUUCACGGAAUGCUUUCAGUGUUGUAAAGUAGAAUUGAAUCAGCUGUUGCAUAUGUAAAUAUUGGCGGUUUUCAAUGCAUACUGGAAUGAAGAAUGCUGUAAUUUUGUGAGUGUAAUUUGUCCCUGGAGAAACUUGUUUACCAGAAUCCUGAAGUCUGGCAAAUGGUUUGGUACAGCUCUAAAUUGAUUUUUAGGGGACUGGGAAGGGGAGCAGGAGCAAGCUGGAUGUAUUUGAUUGGUACAGUUUCACUUGGACAUUUCUCACUCUAUUUAGCUAUGAUUUUUUACAGGGAGAAAAAAAACAUAUAAUUAUGUGUGGGUUGCACCGUGUGUCUUACAGCUUUUGUGUUCAUGCAUGCAGUCUAUAAUUUCCAGUCAGGAUCCAGUUCUUUAGACUGACUCCAUACUUUGUAUAAACAAUUUCAGGAAUGAUAAAAAUGUCACUCUCCCUUUCAAAGCCCACAGAAACAGCAUAUGACAGUGUGAUGUCAGCAUGGAAUGAUAUGGAAUAAGCACUGCAAGUAUUACAUUGAGUAUUAUAAUGCUUGAAUAUAUAAAUAUAUGAAGAGAGAAAUAUUCCAUCAUGUUUUUAAGCUUUGGAAUUUUUUUCCCCAUAUUGGGAAAGUGUUUUCCCUUAUAUUACAGUGUUGCUUAGACUCACUUUUCUGAGUUGAACCUUACCUCAGUCCCACUGUUCAUAUUUUUCAGUGAAAAAUCAUAUUAAAUAGGAUUUACAGGUAGUCCACCGGGAAAGCAAAUAAAUCUAUGGAUAAAGGCCUUCUAUUUAGAUUUUGGGCAUCUGACAGCAAUAUGACUUGAUUCUUUAUGUGAUCUAAUUGCUAUCCUGUUAGACAAGACUUCCAAAGUGGUUAUUUUAUAACUGACUGUAUUUUUUUUUUAUUCCAAACCAAUGAUCUCAAACUUCUAAGGAUCUUUCCUUGGUCUUUGUUAAAGUAGGAUUUUGUAUUUUACUUUGUAUGGAUUUAGAACCCAAUGAUUUACUUGCGUGAAGUUUGUGCAGUUUUCUCACCUAGUUAAAAGAAAUCAGGUCAUAGACGCAGCCUCCUGUCAUACAAAGUGCUUCUUUUGUUUCUAUAUUCUAUACAUUGCUUCUAUUUUUCUAGCUUUCAAAUUUUCUGGUGAAAUCAAAUAUAUACACCCCACAUUCCUGUCUGCUUUUUCAGAUCUACCUUUAAUGAAAAAGAAAAACCAAACAGAGCAGUUACAUAUUGCAGUUUUUAAAUAGAAAUGGCCAUACUUCACAAAAGUGAUGAAAUGUAGUGACUUUUAGAAGAAAUUGGCCCAAAAAUUUUGGGACUUAUGUAAUUUUUUUAGUGAUUUUUAUAUAUGUACCCUUCUAUUCCUUGUUGAUAAUUUAUUAACUGGGUACAUAUCUUUAAAUAGAAAUGCCAAUUCUUAAUAUAGUUGUCAUUGAUGAAAAAGAAAUUUUAAAGUCAGAAUAAUGUACUUGUAAGGAUAAUUUGUCUGAUUUGUGGAAAAAUGCCCCUCACCCUUCACCCCACUCAAGUUGUAUAUUUGUUUUUUUAUAAUGGCAUCCAUUUUUAUAAGGAUGUGCCUUUAUAUGUAAGCAUUCAAACUCAAAUUGCCUUCUAAGAGGACAGUGCUUUUCAGUUGAUGGGGAAAAUAGUAAUUUAUCAUUCUAUCUCUUCAGAAGCAAUAUCACUAAAUCAUGGCUAUCAUGAAAAUAUCUUUUCCCCAUACAAAAACAUGUGCUGGAUGCCUUUUGUAUAAGCAGUUAUUUUAUAACAUUGUCUAUUACCUGAUUUACUUGGAAACAUAUUAAUUUGCCAAAGCCAUUUGGUUUCCAGUAACAAUUUACAGCUGACUCCUCCUUUUCUUGUGAUCUUGUUUCUGGGAAAAACCUGUGGUAAGUCUGCCCCAUAGCUUACUGGUAAAAGGAAGAAGAAGCAGUUUCCAUUACAAACUUAGCCUGUACUUAUGUAAGUACUUUUUAGAACCUUAGCUUGGAUUUAGGCCAAGGUUUAAUAGUUCUAAUCUAUUAUGACUUGUAAAAACUUUCUGAGCAAAUCCACUGUCCUGUUUUGGUGUCUUACAGUUAAUUUUCCAAACAUUCUGGUAUGUGCAGUCAUUACGGUGUCUUAUGUUUGAACGAUGAGUGCCCAAAUGAAAAAUUGGUAUUUAUUCUACCAAUAUGUUUCAAUCAACUGACAGAUGUCUUUUCUUAUUUUAUGAUCUGAUCUUGAAAAUCAUCAACUGCAUUCAAAUCCCAUGCCCAGAAAUCCAAGAAGAGAAUGUUUUAAAGGUUCUUAUUAACCUUCUAAAGGUAAUUUUAUAGACCUUUUUGAAAAAAGGAAAUGAGAGAUUCCUCUUGCUCUCAGUUUCUCUUUGUCUAACAGAGUUGUGCUGAAGAUUUCUUUUGAAAUGAAAAUCUUUCCAAAUUUUCCCAUUCUUCAGCAAAAAAUCAUAAUCAUAGAGAGACACCUGAACUUGCAGUGUUUCCUUUUUCUGUGAUUCCUAUACUAUGCUAUUUUACCCAGAAUAUUUGGCAUAGUAUAUUUUCACUAAUGACUUGUGUGUUCAUACAAAAUUCCUCCAGAAUGAUUGUUGGGGUAUGCCACACAGAAAACCAGCUAGUAGCUUUGUAGGAGUUUAGAUAAGUACUGAUCAAGAUAAAAGUGGAUUACACACACAACGACAACAAGGGUUUAGCCCAUCCAGUUGGGCAGGAAUUCACAAUCCAGCACAUGUCAAAGGAUGUCUACUACUUUCAAAAUUUGGUGUUGAAGGAGAAAAUUAGAAAUUUUGGAGAGCCAGAGGGAGUAGUAUAAUUAAAAUGAUUAUACUCCAAGGAUUUAUAUCUUCUGUCUCAAUUUGCUCAACUUGAUCAUGCUUUAUAAAUACUCUUAGGUUAAUGUGUAACUAAUAAUGUCUAUCAAUCCUUCUAGAAUUUGAUCUAGAGUUUUAAUAUAUCAAUUAAAAAUAUUUGAAGUAAAAUUGUAAAAUUGACAUGCACCUCUUAAUAAAUGGUAAUACACAUAGCUCUUAUUUUACACAUGCAUUUUGAAAAGCCAUGCUGUCUUCAAAUCAAAGACAUAAAAACAAAAGGAAAUUGGUUUACCGAAAACUUACUUCCAGAAAGAUAAGUAUGCUGUUUAUAUUAUCAUUGUGGUCCUCUCUGUGGUUGUUAUUGACACAGUUGUUAGGUACUCAUUGUGUUUUCAACCCAGAGGCUUAUUUAGAGUUUGAAAUUGAUUGCUGAGGAAGUUGCAAAGCAAUUUAUUUAGCAACUUAUCAUAAUUAGUUAGUUUUCUUAGUGUGAACUGCACUUUAUGCUUGUCAAUUGAUUUUUCUGUGUAAAUGCAUAAGGCAUUGUAUUCUGUCAAAAAGCCCCAAACCCCAAAAAACCUAUGGUUAGUACUUUAUCAUUCAGUUAACAAAGUGUAUCCAUAUAUGUAUAUAAGACGUAUUUGCUUUAACUUACUUAAUAACUAAGGAUAGGAUAAAUAAGAAAAUUGCAAGCAGAUGCACUAUGUGAAGGUUCUGUAUCAGGCAAAGAUGAUGUGAAUAGUGAGAUGUUUUCUUUAUUUUACAUAAAAUGUUCUUUGAAAACAUCAUAAUUUUUAAUCUGCAUUAUGUUGUGGUGUCCUACACUGAAGACUUCUUAGGCCAGGAUCUUCUCAUCAUGAGAUGAAUAACCUUAAACAAACAAAAAAUAGUUCUCAAUAGCUUGGAACAGACAAGAUCAUAUUUUCCAGGGAAGGAACACUCAAAAAUAAGCUGUAACAUUUCCUAUUAGUGCCAGGAAAUAUGUCCCAACAGUGAGAUGUGAUGUGGUCAUGACUUAGCCUUGAAGAAAGUGGGUGGAAAUCGUCUUCUUUUGACACUCUGGGAGAAUGCUAAAAUACUAAGUCUGUUAUUAAAAAAAAAAAAUUUAAAAAAUCCCAUGUGGUGUGUCUGUAUGAAGUGAAAAACUGGAUUCUAGUUCCUUAAUAUUUAGUUUGGAAAACAGACAUUAAUGGAAGCUCAAGACACAUGGGAGAAGCAUGGAAAGCAAAGUGGUGGUAUAGAUUAGUAUCAGUGUGAGAGAAGACUUGGUUAAGAAACGAUUCUGUUUUCUGGUCUCAGUUCCCUUUAGCUAAGGGGACAUGAAAGCAAAAAUAAAUCCAUCAGAGGUGAAUAAGGAUUUUGUAGUCCAGAUGAGAAGGUAAUGGCAGAAACUUAAAGAAUUCUGGUGUGAGGUGUUCCUGGUGCAGCUGGGAGAAAGGCGGAGCAGGCUUCUCUUGUUCCUGGGAUGGAUGGCUCCUGCUGGUGCCCACAGACUCCCCAAAGCUUACACCAGGAGAUGUGAAUGGUACUGACUCAUUUCUAUUUAUUCAGUGGGCUGCCUGGUUUCUUAGCUCUGACCACGAUUUUUCCCUUCCAAGGUGAAUUCCAUUUUACUGCUUUGUCAGUAUUUCUGAUAUGUUUGCUUUGUGGGGAGAAGAAUAGGUAGAAGGAAUGAAUGGAAGGUGGGGAGAAAUGCUAGAAGGCAUCAUUCCUUUGGGAAGUGUACUCCAGUAAAAUGCUUCUAGCUGAUAACAGAAGCUCACCUUUAUUAGUAUUUGCCAAGUCUGCAAAUGCAGAAGGCAUUUCUCCCAGUUUUGUGAACUGACACACAAUCAAAAAUUUUACCUGUCAAUGGAACUGAGAGGCCCAAUACCCACACGUGAUCAACUCAGCUCUCAGCUGUGGAGUGCUUUUUGGUGGUCAGUCAGGACAGAACAGGUUAAGGAGGAUCUCAUGUGGUCCCUUUCCUGAGCCCUACUUUAUUUGUUGACUGGAAUAGAACUGCCACCAAUAGCUGUGCUGUUUGUGGAUCUAUUUGCCUCACUUGCUCAGUAGUGAUAAUUUCUGCCAGCAUCUGCAUGUUUCUCUGUAAAGCGCAAUGACUUUCCCAAAUGUAGAAUAAAUUGUAGUUGGAUUUGAGUGUGACCUUGACUAAUAUGGUUCAAGAAAUAAAUUUUCUGGGUCAUUGUAUUCAUAUUCUUGUCACAGGGUCAACAAUUUUUUGUCUGUGUAUACAAGGAAUGUUGGAUUUGAAUCAGAAUACUGUAGCUUAUUAAAACUUCAGCAUAAAAAUAUAUUAUCUUUUUGUAUAUUGCAGUGAUGGGAGCAACUAGUCAUGUGAAAGUAAGUUGGGGUAAAUGAGGUGGGGAUGAUAGAUAAAGUGAUGUGCAGUUUUGUGUAAAGUCUUUCUUGAUGGCCAGAAAAGUUAAGAUUUGGUUUUAAAUGACAGCAUAUUUUAAUUUGUGAGCCUUCUCUAUGUUCUGUGGUUUGAAAGUCAACCCAAGGGAUGUGAUUGAGCUGACCAGAAGUAAGUUCUAAGAGGAUCACUUCCUGGUGUGCUGUGUCUCUGUGGGAAUAAAAUAUGUGUUUCUUUGCAAGAGAAUUUUAAAAGAAAAAAAGAGAGUAAUUAAGUGGUUAAUCAAAUUCAGAUUAAAAUGUUAUUAAAUAUCUCAGCUGUUGAGCACAAAAUUCCCAUUUUGCAUCUAAUGGGAUUUAGUAGUCUAAAACUCAGGUAGACUUUCAUAAUUGUCAGUAUUUUUUUCCUAAUAUUUUAGAGAUUUUCAUUUUUCCACAGUGCACAUUCCCUGAUCUGACUAUUGAAGACCUGACAAUUUUCCAUAUUUUUGUCAUUCUGAGGUUUUUCAUUGUAACUUUUUCCAUAUUUGCCAAAACUAGCAGUCUAGACCCAAGUCACCCAUACAAGUGUCACUUCAGAGGGAAUGUGAUUAAUGAGGAAAAACCCAUAACUUCAUAUUUUUGGUAGACUAGAGAGUGUCUGAUGUUUCACAACAUAGCUCAUUUUGUCAUGCUGGCAAUAAGAAACCAUAAGAAUGCUCAAGUAGGAUGACUAAAAAGUGGCAGAAAUAGAUAGAAAAUACUGACUUCUAUAAGUGGAAACUUGGGAUCCAAACCCAUAAGCCCACCUAAAAUCUUUAGAUAUAUGUAGGAGAGCUAAUGAUGCAGUGUGUAUACAACUGGCAAU